GCCGCCGCUCAUUGGCUGGCCGCCCCGCCCCGUGACCUGACCUGGCCUGGGUCAGCUAUAAAGGCCCGGCUGGCCGCCGCCGUGACCACUUUUUAGCCACCACCGCCGCUGCCGCUCCGCCAUGGCCACGCCGCCCCUCACGCCCUCGCCGCCGCCGCGCCCCAGCCUGUCCUUCGGCAUCGACGCCAUCCUGGGCCUGGCGCCGACACACUCCACCCCCGCCGCCGCCACCACCGUUUCCACCCCCGCUGCCGCCGCCGUCACCACCAUAACCACCAGCACCACCACCAGCAGCGAGGCGCCGCCGCCCGUGACCGUGGUGGCCACGGCUCGCCUGGCCCCCGCGCCCCGCGCCGCCCACGCCCUCAGGUUCGUGCCCUACGGCCUGGGCUAUGGCGCGCCGCGACUGGCCACGCCCGUGCUGCGGCGCCACAAGCCCAACCGCAAGCCGCGCACGCCCUUCACCACGCAGCAGCUGCUGUCGCUGGAGAAGAAGUUCCGCGAGAAGCAGUACCUCAGCAUCGCCGAGCGCGCCGAGUUCUCCGCCUCCCUCAGCCUCACCGAGACGCAGGUCAAGAUCUGGUUCCAGAACCGACGCGCCAAGGACAAGCGGCUCAAGGAGGCGGAGAUGGAGCGGCUCACCAGGCCGUUCUUCUCGCCCUACGCGGCCACCGCGGGCCGCGACGCCUGCACACUGCUGUCCCUGCCGCCCCGCCUGCCGCUGCCCCUGCUGCGGCCCAUGGCGCCCUUCUACGCCUAGCAGCAACGCCGCCCCGCCGCCGCCGUCCCCCGGGGCGCCGCGGCGAUGAAAGAUUGAGCAGCAAGUGUUUGGCGCGGCGCGGCGCGUGUGUGGCGCCGUGCAGGCCGCCCACACCCCGCCCCACGCCCGCCCCGCCGACCCUCACUGCCCCUUGCAGCCCCCCUGUCCCGGUGACCCCCUCCCCGCCCCCCGCCGCCAAAGAUGUAUGUGAGAGCCGCCGUCCGGUGUGUUGUGUUGUCUUGUUAAUAAAGUGUU